AUGCACAACCCCAGUGCACAUGAGAGCACAGGCUUGCAGUGCCAGCCACCUCCUGAGGAGCUGAGUUACGGAGCUACUGUCACACACGUCAGGCAAGGUGCAUCUGUGCCUGGGGCAAGGAAGCGGCCAGCAAAGAGAGAUUACCUGAUAGCUGCUGUGCUGUGCUAUGGUAAUUUAAUCAAUUUCAUGGACUGGUUCAUUGUACCAGGGAUCCUCUUAGAUGUGCAGAAAUACUUUGAGCUUAGUGAUGGGGAUACAGGCCUGCUGCAAACAGUCUUCAUCCUGUGUUACAUGCUGGCUGCCCCCAUCUUUGGCUACCUUGGUGACCGCUACAAUAGGAAAAUCAUCCUCGGGGCUGGCAUUUUCUUCUGGUCUGCUGUAACUUUGGCCAGCUCCUUCCUCACUGAACUGUACUGCUGGAUAUUCUUUCUUUCACGAGGGCUGGUUGGCAUUGGCACUGCCAGUUACUCCACAGUAGCACCUACCAUGAUUGCAGACCUGUUUGAGGAAGGGAAAAGGACCACGAUGUUAUCCAUCUUCUACAUCUUCAUUCCAGUGGGCAGUGGUCUUGGUUAUGUCCUGGCAGCUGGCAUGACAGAGCUCACAGGUGACUGGCACUGGGCAUUCAGGAUAACUCCUUGCAUGGGAGGUCUAGCACUGGUUCUUCUGAUUCUCCUGGUCCCUCACAGGACCCAGAGAAGGACAGCAUUCCACAGAGCACUCAGCAUCUCCGGCACCAUACGAGUGAAAGCUGAGAAGCCAGGAGUGCAGAGAGCUGCCAAGGCCACUUGGUGUCAAGAUGUCCUAGCCCUGGCCAAGAACUGGAGUUUUGUCUGGUCCUCACUGGGUCUGACUGCCAUGGCCUUCGUUACAGGAGCCCUGGGAAUGUGGGUACCACUGUUUCUUUACAGGGCUCAGGUUGUCCAGGGCCUUGUAUCACCAUGUCUCCAAGAAACAUGCAAUUCAUCUAACAGCCUAAUAUUUGGAGGCAUCACCAUUGGGACAGGAAUCUUGGGUGUCAUUACUGGGGCAGAAGCUGCCAGGAGAUUAAGAAAGAUCAACAACAAAGCUGAUCCUCUGAUCUGUGCUGCAAGCAUGUUCAUUUCUGCUCUGUGCCUCUACAUAGCUCUGAUGGUGGCCCAGACAAACAUCCUGUCCACUUUUAUCCUUCUUGCAUUUGGAGAACUGUUUUUAUCUGUCAACUGGGCUGUUGUGACAGACAUACUGCUGUAUGUUGUGACACCAAGGCGCCAGGCCACAGCUAUUGCCCUGCAGAUUCUGGUGAGCCACUUGCUGGGAGAUGCAGGCAGCCCUUAUCUCAUUGGGACUAUCUCCAGUGCGAUCCAGGCCAGGCACGCUCGCUCGGUCCAGUGGAGUUUCUGGAGCAUGCAGUACAGCUUCAUCCUCUGUGCUUUCCUGGGGGUCUGUGGAGGAGGUUUUUUCUUCCUGACCUCUUUCUACAUUGAGGAAGAUCGUAAAGAAGCAGAGAGACUUUGA